AUGGAAAUGGAAAGCAAAAAAAAAAAUCUUGCUCUACAGAAUACAAAUUCUAACCUUAUGCAAGAGACGGCUAACAAGGAUAAUCUAAUUAAACAGUUACAAACUAAAUUAGUAAUUAUAAUUAAUGUCACUAGAUAUAUCAAUUUUACAAUAAUUAUACUAAUAAUGGGAUAUUUAACACAGAAAGAUGGUAAAAAUCAAGUGGACGAACUACAGCAACAGUUAUCUAACCUUAAUGUAGAUGGACAGAUAAAAAUAGAAAAAAAUUGUACAAGCUGGUGGUGCCCAAAACAUUCAGGACUAGAAAAAAUUAUAAAUUUUCUAAAUCCAAAAACUGAAGAAGAAAAAAAAUGUCUUCGUUUGGCCAUGAAUAGGAGGAAGUACUGGGUCAAAGACAAUGAAAUAAAAUGUUGUGUCCACGAUAGAAAGUCUGGUAGUGACAAACAUACAAUUCCCCCAAAAUGUAUAGUGGAAUACAAAAAAUUGGCUCAUAUCGAUUCCACAUUCGAAGAAAUGGUCAUGGAAUUAGGUAUGAGUCAAACAAACGUUAAUGAACAAAAAACCUAUCAAAGAAGACAAUAUUCAUUAUCUGAAUCUUCAAAUGAUGAACAAUCUGCAUUUUAAAUAAAAUAAAUAUAUACAUUAUGCAUAUUAAUAUUAGAACUGGAUUAUUUAUUAAACUGAAGUCUCAUACAAAUAUAGUCUAAAAAAACUAAAAAACACGCUUUUAAAGCACAUCGAACUAAAAAGUUAAAAAUAAGCUUAAAACAAUAAUGAACGAAAAAUAUUAGUAUUAUUGUGAUAAAAGCGUCGGGCGCUCAAUAUACGAAAAAUAUGGCACAAAGCACCCACGCUUUGUAUAUCUUUGUAGUUUUAAAAACCUAAUAUUAUUUUAUUUUCAAAAAUUUUAAUUCUCAAUAGUUCUUCAGAAAAGGAGUGUCAUAUCCUUCACUGAUCUCCUCGUAAACAUAUACAUUUAUGAAUAAUAAAUGACGCGUUAGUAAAAAAUUGCAAAUUAUUUUAAAAAAAUAUUACUCAC